GGUUCCUUCUAUUAAGGCAAGUCGUCCAGGUCCUGAGACAGCAAAGCAUUCCCAAACCAUCGCACUAACACCACCAUGCUUGACCAUUGGUAUGAGGUUCUUACUGUGGAAUGCAGUGUUUGUUUUUUGCCAGGCAUAAUGGGACCCAUGUCGUCCAUAAAGUUACACUUUUGACUCGUCUGUCCAUAGAACAUUCUUCCAAGAGUCUUGAUGAUCAUCCAGGUGCUUCCAGUGGCUUUUUGGCAAACUUGAGUCAACUUUUUGGACGAAAUGGGUUCUACAGACCCUUAGUUAGCCCACUUUUACAUCGGCACAAAUAAUAGUUUUUCUUGUACAGUGCUAUAUUUGUACCGUAUAGUGUCCAGGCAUGCCAUUGUAAGCCGUUGGACCACAGUAAAAGGCCAGCAACACAAUAUUAUUUCAAAGGGCUGCUGGGUAUUUAGACCACAGUCAUCCAAGAAAUAACACCAUAUAUAGACUCUAGCGCUAGAUCAAUAGGGUCUGUAGAAUAUAAUGUUUUUUAACAUUAAUUUACUUAAGCACCAUUUCUCAAUGUGCUCCACCGUAUAAUAUUACAUGUAUCUUGUAUAAAGUAGCAAUUUUCCAAUGGAGCUGGAAAGCUUAGAUUUCCCCCCGAUGUAGUUAUAAUUUUUUUACAUUAUGCACUAUGCAAAAAUGAUUGAUUUCGUGUCAUUCGUUUUACCGCAGACUUUUAUUUUGAAGGCAAAAUCGGAAAGCCGGAAGUCUUAAUGUUGCUGCCAUAUCGCUAGUUAGCUGCGUGUUCACAUUUUCUAACAAAUCUAAAAUAUGUGCCAUUUACUACGCAGGAUUUGAGCCAUACCGAUAGUUAGCUACACCUUCUCCACAAAACUGCGUUGGAUCAAUCGUAUAGUUGCAAGCCAUGAGUUCCAACAACGUUUCCCUGUCAAAAGCUGAAUUGGCGGCAGCCAUCGGCGUGACUGCAGGAGCUACAGCUGCGGCCAUCCUCCUCUUCCAGUACUUCUCCAAGGGGUCAGGGGUCAAGCCCAAGGUCAACCUGGACCUGCAGAAAGACAACCCCAAAGUGGUGCACGCUUUUGACAUCGAAGAUCUCGGGGACAAGGCGGUGUACUGCAGGUGUUGGAGAUCCAAGAAGUUUCCCUACUGUGAUGGAACUCAUGCUAAACAUAACCAGGAGACGGGGGAUAACGUCGGCCCCCUCAUCAUGAAGAGAAAGGAGGCCUGAACAAUCAAUCAAUCAAUCAAUCAUGCGAUUCCAUGACUGCCGCUGCUAACAUUCUGACGCACGCCAAGUGAUCUUCGCUACGGAAAGGAUGGCAGAGGUUGACUUGACAUUACACUUGUAACAGUCAUUACGUUACUCUAUGUUAAUAACCAAAUAAUCACCUUUUGGUUAUAAUUUAUUGAUUGAUCUGACUAACAUUUGUCGCAGGACCAAGCAGUUGUGUGGAAGUACUGUAAAAUAAAGUGUCAGGCUGGUUGUAUUUAUUUAA